AUGGUAUUAUUAUUACCAAAUGUAGGAUUUGAAUUAGUAGCUCCGAAAGUUAGGUUUGGCUGCGAUCCAAAUGAAGGUGAUUUAGUUUGUCCAAAUAAAUUAUUUCCUGUAUUAGUAUUAGUAUUAGUAUUAGUAUUAGUACUAGGAUUAGAUGCAGUGUUAGAAUUACUUCCUCCGAACAUUAAAGACGAACUAGUUUGGUUAGCACCGUUGAACAUACUAGAAGUAGUUGUGGGAGUAUUGCUCCCAAAACUCGGGACUUCUGUAGUCUUGGGGACUCCAAAUGACAAAAUACUCGGCUUUGUACUAGUUAUAGUACUUGCCGGGCUGGAGAAGGAUGACUGGGUACUGGUGUUUGCUCCAAACAGCACAGCUGGAACUGAAGUAGUUGUUUGUGAUGUUGGACCGGAGCUUGAGCCUGGUGUUGAUGCAGUUGUAGUAGUUGAUGGAGCAGAUGCUGCUAAGUUGGAAGUACUUGUACUUGCACUUACACUUGUGCUUACUGUAGGUGUAAAGGAAAAUAAUGAAGAUGAAGUUGUUACUGGAGAUUUAGCAGUGAAAGCCGGGCUUGGAGCGACAGUUUGCGGAGCAGAAGAUGCUGGAGUGCUACCGAAUGAAAAUCCAGUGGUUGUAGUCGGUGGAUUUGAUCCAAAUGAAAAUCCUGAAGUUGUAGCAGGAGGCUGA